CUCCAUGGCGAAUAAUUUGACUCCGACUAUUGUCUGGCGCGGGCAGGCCCUGGGUCAGAUAACCGGACCAAUCAGGGCGCGGGCCGCCGUGCCUCAUGCCCGCUUAGAAUAAUAUUAUUAAAAAAGCUGCGAGCUAGCUAGACGGGAGGGAGAACGAGCCAGGAGCGAACGAGGGAACGGCGGGCCGGCGGGCGCGGAGCAUGCGGAGCGGCGCCCCGGGCGGCCCCCGGGCUUUGAAGAGGGCACAGGCGAGGCGCGUGGGCGUCGGGGACGCGGAGCUGCUGGAGACUGGUGCCUGGCGCAGGGACGUACUACUGUGACUCCGGGAUCCCAGAGAGCCAGCGCCAGGCCAGGAGGCCCGGCCCGCCCGAUUCUCGGACGGCCCGGCGGGGAGGCGCUCAUGUGGGACUGUGCGGCGCGGUGAGGACGCGCGGGGGCGGGCGGGGGCGCAACCGGCACCAUGUCCAUGCUGCCCACCUUCGGCUUCACGCAGGAGCAAGUGGCCUGCGUGUGCGAGGUGCUGCAGCAGGGCGGCAACAUCGAGCGGCUGGGCCGCUUCCUGUGGUCGCUGCCCGCCUGCGAGCACCUACACAAGAAUGAAAGCGUGCUCAAGGCCAAGGCCGUGGUGGCCUUCCACCGCGGCAACUUCCGCGAACUCUACAAGAUCCUGGAGAGCCACCAAUUCUCGCCGCACAACCACGCCAAGCUGCAGCAGUUGUGGCUCAAGGCGCACUAUAUCGAGGCAGAGAAGCUGCGCGGCCGACCCCUGGGCGCUGUCGGCAAGUACCGCGUGCGCCGCAAGUUCCCGCUGCCGCGCUCCAUCUGGGACGGCGAGGAGACCAGCUACUGCUUCAAAGAAAAAAGUCGCAGCGUGCUGCGCGAGUGGUACGCGCACAACCCCUACCCUUCACCCCGCGAGAAGCGUGAGCUGGCGGAGGCCACGGGCCUCACCACCACGCAGGUCAGCAACUGGUUCAAGAACCGGCGGCAGCGCGACCGGGCGGCUGAGGCCAAGGAAAGGGAGAACAGUGAGAACUCCAGUUCCAACAGCCACAACCCCCUGGCUUCCUCACUGAACGGCAGCGGCAAGUCAGUGUUAGGCAGCUCCGAGGACGAGAAGACUCCGUCCGGGACGCCAGAUCACUCCUCGUCCAGCCCCGCGCUGCUGCUCAGCCCGCCACCGCCACCAGGGCUGCCGUCCCUGCACAGCCUGGGCCACCCUCCGGGCCCCAGCGCGGUGCCAGUGCCCGUGCCGGGUGGAGGCGGCGCAGACCCCCUGCAACACCACCACAGCCUGCAGGACUCCAUCCUCAACCCCAUGUCGGCCAACCUCGUGGACCUGGGCUCCUAGAAGCCCGCUUGCCUCGACGCACUUGCCCUCCAGGCUAGGCGCCGGGGACCUGAGAGAGGCGGUGUUUGAGGGCGCCCAGCGCGGGUGGCCUCACCAGGUACUGAGAGACCCGCAUGGAGCCGGCAGAACCUCGGCGGUGCAGGGCCCAUGGCUGUCUUAGUCCUUUUGGGGGAUUUAUUUUCAACAAGUUUUUUGAAUCCCUCGGAGGCUGGGGAACCGGGUCUUGAACCAGAGAAGGGAAUACAUCACACACUACCCCUGUUCUCUCUCUCCUGACCUUCUCUUCAUUUCUGUCCUUACCCCUCUCUCGCUUUCCCUGGCCUUCCCCUGCUUCCUUCUCCGUCCUCCGUUUCCUGCAUUCUUUCUUUUUUUCCUUCUGUCGCUCUUUCUUGCUUUCUCCUUUUGUGUUUCUCUUUCCUUCUAGAUUUCUGGUUUGCCACCACCCCGCACACACCUGUGUGUGUGGUCUCUGUUUCUCUUGCCCUGUUUUUUGGCUGCUCUGUUUGCACCCUAAUCUUUCUCCUCCUGCCUGGUGUCUGUUUGCCCCUUUCCUGCCCCUACUCUCAUACUGAGGGUGGGUGGAGAGCAGGCAGAAGAAAGGGCCUUUGAACUUAGACGUCUCCAGAGGCCCUCCCCCAUCUCCAGGGAUUAGUGGGGCUGCAGGUGUCAGCUUUUCUGCCCAGUAACUUAAAUGAGAGAGAAAGGGCAGCAGGCAGAAGGCCCUGAACAUCCUCUGGUUGCUGGCUCCGGUCUCUGCACUCUCCUCGUCCUCCUCCCUGGGGCUGCGGCCUCAGUGCUCUGCAGAGCGCACCUCCCUGCCCAGGACUUGCCGCCUCUGUGUGAUGCCCUCAUGUGAAUGCUCUUUGGGAAAUAUUUCUGCUUUUAUUUUAUAAUAAAAUUAGAAAUCAUAAAUAUAUAUAUGGUUAUAUACCAUGA